AUGGAGCAAUUAAGUGGUAACAAAUCCCACUGUGGAUUCUCACUUGGUAGACCUAGAUUUGGAUCUACACAAGAAAAUCAAGCUGAAGACGAUGAAAAACAAGCUAAAAACAUCGGUCUCAUGGAAGAAGAAGAUGAUGAUGGAACUAAAAGUGAAGAACUAGAAGUAGAUGUGGAAGAAGAGGCUUUAGGUGGUCAUAAAAGGCUUCACCAAACUCGGAAAUAUUCAAUGAUGAGACCAAAGAGGGUAUCUUGUGUGGUUGGUAGAUAUGAUGAGAGAGGUGAAUACAAAGUUGAUUGUUGUGUUUGUCAUAAAACGUUUCAAUCAAUGAAGGCUUUAUAUGGACACAUGAGGUUUCAUCCCGACAGAGGAUGGAAAGGAGUUUUGCCUCCUCGUGGACCUCAUCAUCCCCUUGGUAAUUUGUCUUCUUCUACAAUCUCUACUGAUAAUGAUAAUGAUGAUGAUGAUGAUAAUGAUCAUUGGGAACUGGGAAACGUGGUUGACCUAGAGGAAUCGAUCAAAGGAUGGUGGAGGACAGGGAAGAGAGGAAGGAGAAGUGCUUUGAAGGAUAAUAUUGAUGCUGAGAAUCUAUUGUUCUUAGCUACCACUGCAGAAUCUGUUGAUCUUGAUGUUGCAGAGACUUCUCAUUCCGGCGAAGAGAUGACCAAGAAGAGUAAGAAGAGGAGGAAGAAGAAGAAAAGAUUGUCUGAGAUGGAGAAUGAACUAUCAACUAGUCAUCAGCAGCUUGAGGUGGUUCUUGUUGGUGGAGCUGAUGAGGAAGGUGGUGGUGGUGCACGUGAGAAGCACGUGUGUGGGACUUGCAACAAGUCGUUUACUUCUUAUCAAGCUUUAGGAGGUCAUAGAGCAAGUCACAACAAGGUCAAGAUUUUGGAGAAUAACCAAGCUAGGGCAAACGGUGAAGUUUCAUUACUUGGUGCCGAAGCAAUGGCUGCUAGUGCUCAAAGACCAAACACAUCUUUAGGUAGUAAUGGAGAUCAUGUUUGCAACAAAUGUCAUAGAAGUUUCCCAACAGGUCAAGCUCUUGGGGGUCACAAGAGACGUCACUGGACUGGACUGGUUUCUAGUGAGGCUGCAAUCGCUGUUCCAACGGCCCCAGCUGCAGCUUCUUCUAGUCAAGUAGCAGAGACAGUGCAAGAGGUGAGGAAAUUGAAGAGAACGCCUUUGGAGUUUGACUUGAACGAGUUGCCACCUAACGAAGAAUCAUCACUCUAG